AUGAUUGAGAAGCAGAUUGGAAAGCGGGUAAAACGACUUCGUACAAAUAAUGGCUUGGAGUUUUAUUCGAAUGAAUUCAAUAAUUUCUAUAAGGCAAAAGGGAUUCGGAGGUACUUAACAGUACGCCAUACUCUGCAGCAAAAUGGUGUGACAGAAAGAAUGAAUAAGAAUUUGAUGGAAAAUGUCAUGUGUAUGCUUUCAAAUUCAGGGUUGUCUAAGAUAUUUUUGACUGAAGCUGCUUCUAUAGCUUAUUUCAUUAUCAACCGUCCAUCCUUAAUUGCUGUUGAGAAAAGACUCUAG